GCUGAAUUAUUCAUGCUCUCCAUUUUGCAGGAAUGCCGAGUUUGUAGGUGAAAUCCGUAAACAGCAAGGAGAACAUGUUGGUGAAGGUGGGAUCUGCCUCACGGUCUGUCUCGCUGGGGUGGCUCAGUGUAGCAGUAGGAGCUGUAUUUGGGAAGGAACUCCCUCUCUUUCCCAUAAGGCUGUCCCUGUCCUUUUGAUGGGUUUAUACAGGAUUUCCUGCUGAGUCAAUAGAGGAGGAGUGCAGGGAGAUAGCAGCCGGGAUUCCAGGGAGCCAGAGGAGGUUGCAGCCCGGCGGAGGCAGAGCAGCGCUGCCUUUUGACUUAUCCCCUGGAGCCCUCCACCCACUCCCUCCAUGUCCACAGCUAGCAAGCGUUUGUCUCACCAUGAGUUCUGAGUUAAACGUCCCGGUGGAUCCCUCCACCCCUGCUUGCUGCUCUGAGCCCGGCACGAAGGGCAUGGAUUACCGGGACUGGGUCCGGCGCAGCUACCUGGAAUUGGUCACGUCAAACCACCACUCUGUUCAAGCCCUUUCCUGGAGAAAAUUGUACCUGAGCCGAGCCAAACUGAAAGCUUCCAGCAGGACCUCUGCUCUGCUCUCUGGAUUUGCCAUGGUUGCCAUGGUGGAGGUGCAGCUGGAGGUGCAGUACAAGUACCCCCAGAUGCUGCUGAUCGCCUUCAGUGCCUGCACGACGGUGCUUGUGGCGGUUCAUCUCUUCGCCCUCCUCAUCAGCACCUGCAUUCUGCCCAACGUGGAGGCAGUGAGCAACAUCCACAACCUGAACUCCAUCAGCGAGUCCCCCCACGAGCGCAUGCACCCCUACAUCGAGCUGGCCUGGGGCUUCUCCACCGUCCUGGGAAUCCUCCUGUUCCUCGCGGAGGUCGUGCUGCUGUGCUGGAUAAAAUUCCUGCCUGUGGGCUCCAUCCUGAAGAACGAGACCACCAACGUGGAGAAGCCCAGCAGCCACGCGGGGUGGCAAUCAGCACUGGUCUCCACCAUCAUCAUGGUCCCCGUGGGUCUGAUUUUUGUCGUCUUCACCAUUCACUUCUACCGCUCCUUGGUGCGGCACAAAACGGAGCGACACAACCGGGAGAUCGAGGAGCUCCACAAACUGAAAGUGCAGUUAGACGGGCAUGACAGAGGCAUGCAGGUGGUGUGACAGAGCCUGCACACUGCCUCAGCUGGGGCUGAGGGCAAAACACCCCGUUUGCUACUUGGUGGGACGCACCAGGUGAUGGAUUGUCUUGAGGCUUCAAUAUGUAAAUGCUAAUUGCCUGCCAUUUCUAGCUGUGGGUUCUAGUGCUGUUUCACAUGCUGGGGUCUCUGGCCUGAUUCUGGUCCUACACACUUGGUACUUGAGUUGACACUGCCGUGGAGUUGAAGGUCAAAACUUUACCUUAACAUUGGUUCAGGUAGCCAAAAAUCUGUAUUUUUUACAAAUGCAAUAUUCUGUUGCCAAAAGUAAAACUGCAUCAGCUUCCAAACAGCCAGUGUGUGUGUGUGUGUGUGUAGGACCUGUCUUACAUGUCAGAACUCCCUGGCUGUCAGUGCAGCCACGAUUAACUGGCUGCUCAUUUCUAGGGCAGAGCUGGUUAAUGUGGGUACCUGCAGCUGACUCAAGGACAUCCGGGAAAGCACAACAGAAACUGAAAGUGUUGAUCACCAUUGUUCCAAAGCAAGUAUUCCAUAAAUACAUAACCAGAAAGAAAUCAGCCUUAGCUUUUUUUGUUCUUUUCUUGCUAUUCUUUACUAUAUUUUUACAGCUGGGGAUGUAGAAUUUUCAAUUGCAGGAGGCUGGGAAGUUCUCUCGUACUUUCUUCAGCAGCGUCUGUCACUUUAGAUCGAAUGAGUGCCAAGAUCAUGUGUUUUUUCCCAAGAAGAGGCAAGAGUGCCCAGGGAAGGCUUACAGGUGUUUUAGUUUUAACAAGGACAUUCUUAAAACAGAACAGUGCUGGGGAAUUUAAUGAGACAAAACUUUGAAGGACUAGCAAAGCGAGUUUCAAGGAGGUAAGGAGUGACAGCAGAUAUCGUUCGAAUCUGUUGCUGUGUCUUCUUCAUUCACGUGUUGCUGCGAUGCCUUUUGCCUGUUUUGCUGGAGAGAACAAGCCCAGUCCUGUGUAUUCCAUCAUUUGGCUUUUUUCAAUUGGCUGUAGCAUUUUUCUGUCAGAAGUGAAUGCUCCCUUCUCCCUCCACCAAAGCAGGCAGCUCCUCUGGUGGAACCCUGAGCUGUGCUGGCGAGCCUCAUGGAGCUGGAUCCGGCGGGAAUGCUGUGUGCCAUUAAAGAGCUAUCCAUUUCCCUUGAGCUCAUUUCUUUUUUCAGCAGCUGAGACAAUGACACUUGCAUGUCUGUGUUGCUUAGCAAGGGAAGCUUGUUAAUUCUGUAGCAUCCUUGUGGGUGAAAAACUUCUGUAAAAAAAAACAAUGUUAUGAUUUUUGGUAACUUUGUGGAGGGAAAAGAGUGUUUUGCAAUCAUGAGCUCUUUGAAGGGAAAGUAAGGCUUUCUGCCACACAGGGCUGCAAGAAGCAUAAGCACAUUUUCUUGGCCCUGAUCCUGUGCUGAUUUCCUCCUCUGCACUCAAAAACUGCAGUUUCAGAGUCUCCGAGGCCUUAUAGGUUUCUGAAAUCAUUAAGGAUGUUUGUAAUGUUCUAUUUAACCCUGGUCCCUUAUUCCACUGGGGUUUGAGAAACCUAAUGGCAGUGUAUUAUUACAUGUCAGCUUCCCAGAACGGAGAGUACAUGCAAACCCCAGGGCAGCAGGGUGAGACUAUCCCAAUAUUCCUCUCUGGUGGGGGCCUUGGGAAACCAGCUCUCAUCUCUCUUGUUUACAUGCGAAUGUGAGCGUUGCUGAACAAGUUGCUUAGCACUGUGUCUGUGGCUUUCAUCUGCUGUUCUUGCUGCAGUUGGCAUGCACCAUAUUGGCUGAUGUGCAGCAAAGAAAAAUAGGCUUUGUGUGCUAAAUGACUAAUCUGUACUCAUGUGCAUAUGCAAAAAAAUGAGGAGUGUCCUCCAGGAAGUGGGUGGUCCUGAAAUUCAUACAAACUCCCCAGGAAUCCACCCUCUCUCCCUUCCUCUUUUUACCAUAAUAAAAAUUAAAGGUUUAUACAACAAAA